AUGGGGCAGUGGAACUCAGCAAACCCAAAACAGACCCUUCGGCUUCGAUCUCGUUCCAGAAUAGCUCUUCGUUUUCCCCCCACUCCAUCCAUUGAAAGACCCUUCUUCUCCUUCUCCCUCCACAACGGCUCCUCGUUUUCCCCCUCUCCCUCCACACUCUAUAAACGGACAAGAGUGGUGUCCAACCGGAGCUUUGAGAGCCGGCAGUCGAGUUCUAUGGCGGGUAGGAGACCCUCGCACUUCUUCAAGAUUAUACUCCCCUCUACCAUUGACGACAAGAAAUUGAGGAUCCCUGAAAAGUUUGUAAGGGAAUUUGGGGAUGAACUGUCUGAUGUUGCUACACUCACUGUUCCCAAUAAUGGUCAUUUUUGGCUAGUGGGAUUGGAGAAGGCCAACAAGGAGAUUUGGUUUCAAAAUGGUUGGCAGGAUUUUAUGGAAUCCCAUUCUAUUCUUUACGGCUACUUUUUAGUCUUCAGGUAUGAAGGAAGUUCAAAAUUCCAUGUUCUUGUAUUUGAUAACACUGCAACUGAGAUUCAGUAUACAUGGAGCAAGAAGCGUAAAUUGGAAGAUAAGGUGGACAUAAUGGAAUCAGAUGAUGCAAAAAGAUCAUCAAGGCGUGGACAUAAUGGAAAACAUGAAGAAAACAGAGAUAUGAUGUCCAGAGGAAGAGAGAGAGCAAUCCAAGCAGCCAAAAUGUUGAAGCCUACAAGUCCUUCGUUCAUGGGCAUCUUGCGCCCGUAUCAUAUACGAGAACAACGUCGUUUGUAUGUGCCUGUUGGAUUUGCUAAAAAGCAUCUUAUUGGGGAUCCGUUUGUCUCGCUUCAGACUUGUGAUGGAAAACAAUGGCAUGUCCAGUGCUCUCACUUUUGUGCUUCACGUUCAACAUGGUAUAUCACGAAUGGAUGGGAAGAGUUUAGAAGGGACAAUAGUUUAGAAGAAGGAGACGUGUGUGUCUUUGAGCUGAUCAAGAGUAAUCCUGUUGUGCUUUACGUCUCAAUAUUUCACGUGUCUAUCUGA